GCUGUGGACAGAAAAUAUGUGUAUUUAAUUUCGAUGUUAUUGAAUAAAAAUAUAUAAGAACUUCUGCGACGACAAAUACGAAUUCGGACCGGUUAAACGAGAAGUGCAAAGGCGCAUACGACUAUUUGAAAAAAGAAAAGAGUCGUGACGUGAGAAAAGUGUACCAGGACCAAGGGCGCAGUCGAAAGAGAGAGAGAUGCAGGAAAUUAGUUGGGAAAUACUGAUGAAAGACUGGGAUUAAUAUAUGCAGUACCACGGGCGGGCAGCAACGAAGGACAACUAUUGCCAGAGGCCGGUGUCCCUCGAUGCAGCCACGGCAAUACCGGCUCCGAAGCUACGGUGUAUCGUCGGCACACGGCGACGGCCAAAUGCUGUUGCCGAUGAACAGCAGUAACACCGGCCAGGCAAACAGCACCCAGCCGGGGAACGAGGCGCCGGUGGCCACCGCCGCGAAUCUUACCCACCGGCGUCCCACUAUCUCGCCGCAGCAGAACGCGCCAUACGAAUCCCAGCCCCAACUCCAGCCACAGCCACCUCGCCGCAUACCCAUUCCCAUAUCGAACACAGCCUUGAUCGCGACCUCGACCACGACCACGACCUCGACCUCGACCUCGAACACGACGAACAGUCAUCAACGUUCCCAUCCUCUUGGCCUUCAGAACUGAACGCAAGGUAUGGCUGAACACUAAAGCCGCGAGACAGGGUCCCAUGAUUUCAUAUAUCUAUUCAUGAUCUGUUGCGAAUCUACCUUCAAUAGAUCUGCUGGGACAGCUACUGUUGGGAAGAUGAUUUAAGGGCUGAUCCCGGAAGCCAAAAUAAAGCAAGGAACAAGAAAACUGGAUCCGAGGAUUGAUCAAACCUUUUUUGGAAAUAGAAUUACUUAUUUGAUAUUGGACCAAAUAACACAAUUUUCUGUGGGGUGCUAAAAGACUCAUGUAUGCAUAUAAUGUGUAACACAGUUUAACAUUUUUAUAUCACAUCCAGUAGAUUUAAAAAAAUUUUUUGUUCUUGAUUUUUGCCAUAUGUUGGCUUCUAAAGAUCACGCCUUAAAAUUUACUACCACUAGUAGCUGUACACUAUAUUUAUAACGAAAGAGCAGGGAUAAUUUAAAAAUGAAGUCAAAUUAAAACUAAAUUCAAUUUCAUAUCUUGUUUCUAUAUUUUUCUAAUAUUUAA